AUGUUAGGUCUGAUUGAAACUAAAAAGCUUGCAGUAACUAGAUUUGAUGUAUCAAGAUUCUGGGGACAAGGUAGUGUUGGGUGGGAAUUUGUUGAGUCUGAUGGUGCGUCGGGAGGUUUGUUGUUAAUGUGGGAUGAAAUGAGCUUUAAAAUGAAUAAUUGUUAUAAAGGGGAGAGAUGGUUAUGUGUAGAAGGGGUAAUUUUGCAGAACAGCUUCAAUUGUGCAUUUUUCUUGAUUUAUGGUGCCCAUACCAGAGACGAAAAACUUAUUAUUUGGGAAGAGUUGAGCUAUACAGCUGGAUUAUGUCAGGUACCUUGUUGCUUCAUGGGUGACUUUAACGAGAUUGUCCAUAUAGAAGAAAGGAAAGGUAAUGUCAACUUAUCAAUUUCUGCCGAAGAGUUUAAAAACUGGAUACAAGAUAUGCAUCUGGUAGACCUACCGCUUAAUGACAGGAAGUUUACCUGGUUCAUAGGACGAUCCUGUAGCCAGAUUGAUAGAGUCUUGGUGAAUUUAGAAUGGGUGGAGGAGUUCCCAGAGAUUCGCUUGAGAGGAAGACCACAGGGCUUGUCAGAUCACUGUCCUAUGAUAGUAGAAGAUACUAGUGUGAGAUAUGGACCUAGGCCUUUCCGGAGCCUUGACUCGUGGUUUACACAUGAAGGCUUCCUAAGAAUGGUCAAGGAGGAAUGGAGGGGAUUAGGGAAUAUACAGUUCACAGAAAAAUUGAAGGCCUUGACAAAUCCGCUGGGAAGGUGGCAUCGAGAUAAUUUUGGAGACAUGGAUAAGAAAAUUACGAAGUUUGAGGAAGAGAUAAAGAAGAUAGACGACAUGGUAAGCAAUGAUGUAUUUGAUGGAACAGUGGAGGCAAGAAGGAAGGCGUUGGUGACGUGCUGUAAGAAGUGGUAUGUAAGGAAGGAACUGCACUAG